GUCGCUGUUGCUGUCGCUUUCAAUUAAAAGAAAAGAAAAAUGAGACAUCCUGAGUAUGAGCUACGUUCAUAUCGACUUAUGGAUCUGAAGUAAAGAGAUAUCACUCGGUCUAACAGUGCUUGUCCAGAGCGGGUGGGGCGGGGGGUGCCAAGACAUACAGGUGUCAUCAGAUGGAUUGAGUUAAGCCUGUAAGAAAAUGGAAGGAGCUGGGAACAGAGGAAGAUGGAAUAAAAAACCCUCUGUGGGCACAAUACUGCUCCUCAUGUGUAUGUUAGUUCCCACAUUGCCAUUGCCACAACCUUCAGGGCAGCAGACAUGUCCACUUGGGGACUAUCUCUCUGAAAAGGGAAUUUGUUGCGACAAAUGUCAUCGAGGUUUUAAGCUUGAAGAAGAGUGUCAUGCUGUUGGUCAGAGAAGUAAGUGUACACCCUGUCCUAUUGGACAGUUCACAGACCAGUCGAAUUUCAGCCCCAAUUGCAUGAAGUGCAGGCAGUGUAAAGAUAAAAAUAAUGAAAUUGAAUCAUCACGCUGUGAAAUACACAAAGACACUAUUUGUCAAUGUAAGGAUGGUUAUUACAAAAAACACAUUGACUCAGAAACGUACGAGUGUCUCAGAUGUACGCAGUGCAGACCUGAUGAAAAACAGUUACAGAAAUGUACACCAGAGAAAAACACUGUUUGUGAAUGUAAAGAGAACUACUACAAAGUCAACAACAAGUGUGAACCUUGCAAGAAUUGUACCAUUGAGUGCAAAGAUCGCUGUUCUCCUACACAGAACACAAAAGCUCCAGAACCAGGAAAUGAGCAUCUCAUAAACAUAAUUGCUGGAGCUACAGCUGUGGCACUUGUACUGUUGGUACUGGUGAUUCUUUUCAUCUAUAUGGUCACAAAAUGUUUUAUCAAGAAGGAGUUGCAACAGCCCCGCCAACCAUCUGAUGUUUCCCCAGAUUUUUCUCAGCAUGCCCUGAUCUGCGAUGAGGAUAGCUUGGACAACAGCAGUGUCAAAGCCAUUCCCCAAAGCAUUGUGAUUGAGCAGAACCCAUCCAAUCUUCCUGACUGUGUCCCCCUAGAAAUCAAGAUCCCUGACCUGAUCUACACAGUGCUGGAUCUAGUUCCUGUGCUGCAACUGAAGCAGCUGGUGCGUACUCUUGGUGUUAGGGAUACAGACAUCGUACAAGCAGAGCUGGAUAAUCGAGCCUGCCGGGAGGCUCACUACCAGAUGCUGCGGGUAUGGAUCGAGAGAGGGUCACCUGCAGGUGGAGGAGCACGAGGUGAAGUGCUGCAAAGGCCAAUGUUGCAGGAGUUGUUAGACAAACUGAGACAGAUGCACCUCGGAUCGGCAGCUGAGGAGCUGGAGACAAAGUAUGCCUUUCAGUAAUUCUCCGCCGCGAGCCAAGUUGAACAAAAAGCUUAUGAAACCAAGUAUUGUUCUCUUUAAAGACUCACUCAUGGACAGCCUCAAAGCAUACAAAAAGACACAGUGCUAGCACCAGAGCAGCAGUUUUUAUUUCACAGCAAGCCAGCAUCACUGAGCACUCUACCUUUCCCACCCAUCAUCUGCUGAGAUGACAAUGUCGGCCUACUGAGAAGGCUCAGGGAUGGAGAGCAACAGAAAAUACUAUCUUGCAACGAUAAAUUCUGCUCAAGCCUUUUUAAAGAGCUGCCUUUAUUUGUAUGUAGGUAUGUUUGUGUCUUUUUUAAAACAGUUAAGGAAUAGUUUGACAUUUUGGGGUAAUUUGAAUAUAUAUAUAUAUAUAUAUAUAUAUAUAUAUAUAUAUGCAUAUAUAUGAUCAUAAACAGCAAACUAUUUUACAGUUCAUUGUCAUUUAUAGUUUGGGCCAACUAUGCUGUGUUGAAAUGUAGCUAUGUAUGAAAAUACAUGUAUAUAUGUAGAAGGAAGUGCUAAAUUAAAUGGGGACUAUUUAGCCUGUACUGUAAAGUUAAUUGGUAAUGAUUCACUUGUAGUUCCUGGUUAUACUGAAAAUAGCAAGACUGAAAAAGUUCUGGUCAGUAUAAAAAUUUAAUGGGAACAGUAACAAAACUAGAAGAUUGGUUGUUCCUGCUUAGCAUAGACCAGGCCCCUGCCACUUUUUACAAGAUUUUCACAGCCCCAUUAGCAUUCUUUUAAACCCCAUCAUACAAGCAUUAUUCAUUGCUGUUGGACAAAACAGGACACGCCUUGUCUCAGUCUUUCAGCCAAACAACUUUUAUAAUACGAGUCCCAGCCUGCAGAUUCAGAUAUGAAUCAGUCACACUUUUACAGACUGAAGAUGAGUCAUUCCAAAGCACUUUUGCACUGUUGUAUUAUACUUUAUAUCUUUAACAUAUGAACUUUAAAUAAAUGUGUUAUAUAUA